AUGGUGACAGAGAUUAGAGGGUACACUGAUCCACAGAUGGAGGAGUACUUUAGGAAGAGAUCCAGAGAUGAGGAGCAGGCCAGCAGGAUCAUCUCCCACAUCAAGACAUCACGAAGCCUCCACAUCAUGUGCCACAUCCCAGUCUUCUGCUGGAUCACUGCUACAGUUCUGGAGGAUGUGCUGCAAACCAGAGAGAAAGGAACACUGCCCAAGACCCUGACUGAGAUGUACAUCCACUUCCUGGUGGUUCAGGCCAAAAUAAGGAAGGUCAAGUAUGAUGGAGGAGCUGAGACAGAUCCACACUGGACUCCAGAGAGCAGGAGGACGGUUGAGUCUUUGGGAAAACUGGCUUUUGAUCAGCUGCAGAAAGGAAACCUGAUCUUCUAUGAAUCAGACCUGACAGAGUGUGGCAUCGAUAUCAGAGCAGCCUCAGUGUACUCAGGAGUGCUCACACAGAUCUUUAAAGAAGAGAGAGGACUGUACCAGGACAAGGUGUUCUGCUUCAUCCAUCUGAGUGUUCAGGAGUUUCUGGCUGCUCUUCAUGUCCACAUGACCUUCAUCAACUCUGCAGUCAAUCUGCUGGAAGAACAACAGACAUCGUCCUGGUGGUCAAAAAUUUUUAAUGCACCAAAACUACAGUAUGUCCACCAGAGUGCUGUGGACAAGGCUUUACAGAGUCCAAAUGGACACCUGGACUUGUUCCUGCGCUUCCUCCUGGGUCUUUCAAUGCAGCCCAAUCAGAUUCUCCUACGAAAUUUUUUGCCAGACACACUAAGUAGCUCACAGACUAUUCAGGAAACAGUCCAGUACAUUAAGAAGAAACUCAGUAUGAAUCUGUCUGCAGAGAAAAGCAUCAAUCUGUUCCACUGUCUGAAUGAACUGAAUGAUCGUUCUCUAGUAGAGGAGAUCCAACAGUCACUGACUUCAGGAAGUUUCUCCACAGAUGAGCUGUCUCCUGCUCAGUGGUCAGCUCUGGUCUUCAUCUUACUCUCAUCAGAAAAAGAUCACUGUAACCUCUCAGAGAGAAGCUGUGGUGCGCUGUCCUCAUUUCUCAACUCCCAGUCCUGUAGUCUCAGAGAGCUGGACCUGAGUAACAAUGAUCUACAUGAUUUAGGAGUGACAAUUCUGUCUGCUGCUCUACUGAGUCCAUACUGUACACUGGAAACUCUCAGGCUGACUCACUGUAACCUCUCAGAGAGAAGCUGCGGUGCCCUGUCUUCAGUUCUGAACUGCCAGUCCUCUAGUCUGAGAGAGCUGGACCUGAGUAACAAUGAUCUACAGGAUUUAGGAGUCAAGCUUCUGUCUGCUGCACUACAGAGUCCACAUUGUACACUGGAAACUCUCAGUCUGUCAGGCUGUCUGAUCACAGAGGAAGGCUGUACGUCACUGGCCUCAGCUCUGAGCUCCAACCCCUUCCAAAUUAGAAAACUGGACCUGGGCUACAAUCAUUCAGGUGACUCAGGAAUGAAGCUGCUUUUGGCUGGACUGAAGGAUCCAUGCUGGAGACUGGACACUCUUAGGUCACGGUCCUCUAAUGGGAUGGAGAUCAACACAAACACAGUACACACAAACCUCAAAUUGUCUGACAAAAACAGGAAGGUGAAAUGUGUGGAGAAGGUUCAGUCAUAUCCUGAUCAUCCAGACAGAUUUGAUGUUUAUGAGCAGUUGCUGUGUAGAAAUGGUCUGACUGGUCGCUGUUACUGGGAGGUCGAGUGGAGAAUAACAGUUAUUAUAUCAGUGAGUUACAGCAAAAUCAGAAGGAAAGGACUCAGUUAUGACUGUUUGUUUGGAAACAAUGAUCAGUCCUGGAGUCUGUACUGCACUGAUGAUGGUCCUCAUUAUGUCUGUCACAAUAAGAAAGAGACAUCCAUCUCCUCCUCAUCCUCCUCUGUCUCUAACAGAGUAGCAGUGUAUCUGGACUGUCCUGCUGGCACUCUGUCCUUCUACAGAGUCUCCUCUGACACUCUGAUCCACCUCCACACCUUCAACACCACAUUCACUGAAACUCUUUAUGCUGGGUUUUGGGUCUGGUCUCCUGGUUCGUCAGUCACUCUGUGCUGA